AUGGUGCGCAGCAACAAUGCAGUGCUGCUCACAGCUCCACCGAGAGCGGUCGACCCAGAUGGCACGUUGGCGACGAGAUUGAUGAAGCUCACUAACGCCACUGCAUUCGUCGUCGACCCGACGCUCCACGAGCCAGCACCGCUCGCGCAUCCGACCAUCGAGCUUUUCGUUGCCGACGACACGGCAAGACGAGAAGUAGACUCGCGCCGAGCGGCGCUGGAAGCGGCCGCGGGCAAUGCGUGGGCGCGCAGCAACGCCCGCGCCCACAGAGUCGCGCGCCUGAACGACGACAUCCUCGUCCGCGCGACGGCGCCGGAGUCGAGCGAGCCGUCCCUUGAUUGGGCACUUGGGCGGGCACGGCGCCUCCUGACGGCGCGGCGGCGCGGUUGCGUCGACGUGCUCUGCGCGAUCGAGGACGACGACGACGUGUUCGAGGACAUGUGCGAAAUUUUCACGAGCGGCAUCCGCGGCGAGGCGGCGCGGCGGGCCGACCCGACGGAGCCACUCGCGCGCCUCGUGCGCGUCGAAUCGGCAGUUGUCCCCGAAGACGUCGCGCGGCGCGAGGAAGGCUACGACGACGUCCUCUUCCGGCGGGCGACGCGCGGCGACGACCGCGCCAUGUUCGACCGGUGCCUCGACGAGUGCGAGACCUGUGUGUAUUGGGUCGACAGCGACGCGGUCCAACUCCCGCGCGGCGCGGCGUUCGUCGCGGCCGGCUCGUCCGUCGACGCGGCCGCCGCGGGCUGCCGGGCAACCGUCGUCGACUGGGAGGCGGCCGCGGCGUUCUGCGACGCGAAGAACGGCGGCGCUAGUUAUCUAAAUACGUGUGUGUGA